GUCAGUCUGUGUUAAGCUCUUGAAGGAAGCGGAUGCAAAGUGUUUAGUGCGUAAUAAAGUUAUUGGGAAAACCAUACAUCGCGUGUGUUUGAACGUGUUCACUAAGUCGGAUUCUAAUAAAUGUGAAGUGGCGAAAACAAAAGGGCUCAAGUGGAAGUAUGUGGCACAGCUUGCGCGGUUUCAACCGCACAAAACAGAGAGAGAGAGACAGAUUCGUUGUGUUUAAAGGAAGCAAAGUGACGAGUAAAGUUAACGGCUGCAACCACAAACAGCAUGUUUAGCUUUUUCGCGUAUGUAUUGCUGCAAGUGGGCAAUGCAAAAGAGGCAGCAAACGGAGAUGUAGGACGCGAGUCCAAAUCAAAAGCAAAUCUUGUUACGACAAAUUUCAGCCACUGUGCGACCGAGUGAAACAAAGACCAGCGUCAGCGAUGACGAGAAGAAGGACGUCACCGGCGGGGUUCGGGACUCGACGACAUCCGAUGCGACUCCAUUGCGAAAUCAACGAGAGCUGGGAAUUAAUGCGAAAAGAGAAAACACUGCCAGUUGUUGAUGUUUUUGGUUCUUGGAGCGAUUGAAACUGGGCAGGAUUUUCCGUAAGACGCUGUCGCGCAGGACUUCACUCGAUUUCCGUUGCGUGCACUUUUGCGGCCGGCUUUUCCUUUUUGCGCAUGGUAAUGGAGCUGGCCAGCAUAGCAGAAAUGCAGGCCGCAGAAGCCAUGACCGCACUUUUAAUCAAAGUGAAAACUAUGAAAAUUUAUAAAAUAAUUCUCGUAAACGAGCUGGGGAGAAGAAGGAGACCUCCUCUAAGCAUGCAAAAACCGAAUUUGUGCAAGGACCUGUCACUGCAGCCCUCAAAAGAGGCUGCAGCCCUCAAAAAAGGCUGCAGCCAGCCACACCCCAGAAACCAAACAUCCUCUGAUACAAGGACCUCCAGCUCCUUGCCCCCCCUAAGCUCCCCUCAUCCAACAACCUCACGCUCUGGCUGCCGCUUGUGUUUGUGUUUGUGUUUGGAUUUUCGGUUGCUCGGGGGUUUUUGGGGAACUGCGAGCUGGAAGCUGAGAAUUGAGAGCUGGGAAAUGGGAGUUACCCCCCUCUGUGUGUGGAGAUUUGCAUGAUAUAUGCAGUUAUAAUAAACCACAAGAGCUGCUAAAGCAACAGCAGCCACAGCCAACUAGACGGGGACGGGGACGAGGACGAGGCACAGGAGGUCCUGGCCAGGACCUGGCAAACAAAUGCCCAUGCUCAACGGUGCGUAUGAAGGCAAAUGGCAAACAGGAGCCACCAUAACACUGGCCAUCCAAAGGAGCCUCGCUCGUGGGCCACCAAACUGCAACUGGAGCUGCAACUGCCGAUCGGAAUUUUGACAUACAUAAAUUACGCCGCCAGGUGACAUAUCAUUGGACUAGCGUCGAAACUUGAAGGAAGCUCUUGCCGUACAUUUGGUAUAAUUUGUAGCAUCAUUUUAUGGUCUUUUUUUUUUUUGGUAACUUUUAGUAUUAAAUAAUUAUUGAAAUCGUAGACGUCUUUGUCGAUAAAUCCAAGUAGCACUGACAUAUACGUCAACGAGUUCAGAGCUGUCAAUGGAGUGAGGUUGCAGUAAUUCAGUAAUUUUAGUUCAGUUGGCAGGAGAACAUCACUGCUGAACGAAAAAAUAUAAAUCGACCUCACACAAUCAUGAGUUAUCACCAAAACAAUAGAAACGCGGCUGCAUAUGACCACUAUGGUUUCGCUAAUGCAGACAAUCGGUCUGAAGACAAUUUGCGGAGCUCUCAUUCGCAGGCCAAUCGGAUCCGGCCAACUCCAGGAGAAACUAUGGAUUUCGAUCUUAUGAACUUCGUCUCACAGCAUGCGAACUACAUCGAUGUCCAUACCGAAACCAGGAUGCAAUUUCCGGAGCCGCUCAACGACUACCAAUUUGAUUGGAGCUCCAUUGGAUUGGACGAACAUCAGGGUGCGAAUCAGGGUGCCUUUAGGCAGCAUCUGAACCAGCUGAACCACGCACCAACCGAAAAUGUGAUCCAACAGGAUGUACGACGGGGUGUAGCUUUUUCGAGGAUGGCUGUAGAACCAACGACAUUGCAGGAUCCCACUCAGCUGGGUAGAGCCGAACCGUCAAGGAAGAAUGUAGAGGAAAAUAAAAUUGACGAUACUCAGUUCCUGAGCGAAUUAGAAUCUCUAAUUGACGGCCAGUCAACCAAAUCGAAGUCAUACAAGCCAAAGAAAAAGAAAAAAUCGAAAUCUGAACAUAAACAUAAGCCAAUUAAAAUGGCAACAAAUUCAACAGGCAAUGAAUUACCAAGCGCAUACUGUGGUAACACAGCACAGUCAACUGAUAUACAAUCCAAUACGAAUACCAAUUCCUUCAAUUCUGAUAUGCCCAUUUCUGAUGUUCAACAAUCCAACAUAAAUGCUAAUUCAGUUUAUGACACAACUCGCGGUACAAACAUGGAUGUAGAACAAUUACCAACUACGUCCAAUGAUAUAACCAAUCCGCCAACUGAUUUAGAACCUAAUAUAGAUAUUAAUUCAGUUUAUGAUUUAAUUGAUGAUUUAAAUUUGGACUUUGAUCAACUACCAACAACUUCCGAUAAUAUAGCAGCACACCAAAUGGACAUACAAUCUAAUAUGGAUCCCGCAUAUGAUUUAAUUAGCGACAUAAAUAUGGAUUUCAAUCAAUAUAGCAGAACAUAUACGGCACCCGCCAAGCCAACUAGAGGCUCCAUUUACAAGAUCAAAAAGCCCAGGCCCGUCAAAAGAACUAUUCAGGCUCCAUCGAAGCCCAGUAUUGCCCAAAUGAUGCGCGAGGCUGCCAAAAAGGAAAGGGCGGCUGCCAGACCGCAGAGACCGAAGAAGACCAAGGCGACCAAGGGGACCACAGAACCAAAACCAAUUCCAACUCUUCCAAACUUCAAUCUGCUGCCUGCAGACCCAUCUGAGCCAGACCAUGUUCAAGAAAAUUAUGACGAGUUCAUGCUGCAGCAACCCCCUAUACCAACGGAAUUUAUAAGCCCCAUUGAAACCGAAGAUUUGAUGCAAACGAUUUCGACGAUUUCAGCAGUGCCUGUUGCUCCAAAUUUACCAGUACGAACAAUCGGAAAGGUAAUAAAGCCUCCAGCCAAACGGACUUACACAAAGAAAGCCAAUAAACCCACGACUACUAAUAUACUUAAAGAAAAUCAAUCUGAGGUCAUGGGGCCAGAAUCUACCAUACCAAAUGAACUAGUAGAGCCCAUUGAAACUGAUAUUGGCAUGCCACCGAAUGUAAAGAUUCCAACAGUGCCUGUUGCUCCCAUUCGAUCAAUCGGAAAGGUAAUUAAGCCUCCAGGCAAGCGUACUUACACAAAGAAAGCCAACAAGGCCAUGAAUACUAAUACACUUCAAGAAAUUCAUACCGAGGUCAUGGUGCCACAACCUACCAUACCAACUGAACUUGUGGAGCCCAACGGAACUAAUUUUGUGAUGCCACCAAAUCCGGCUCCAAAUUUACCAAUACGAUCAAUCGGAAAGGUAAUUAAGCCUCCAGGCAAGCGUACUUACACGAAGAGAGCCAAUAAGGCCAUGAAUAUGGAUAUACUUCAAAAAAAUCAUACCGAGGUCAUGGUGCCACAACCUACUACACCAAAUAAACUCGUAGACCCCGUCGGAACUAUUGUGGGCAUCCCACCGAUUCCGCAGAUUCCUGCUGCUUGUGUUGCUCCGAAUCUACCUAUACAAUCGAUCGGCAAGGUUAGUAAGCCCAGAGCUCCCAGAAAGAAACCUGUUAAGAAGGUUCCCGAUCAGGAACCGCAGCAGAAUAUACCUUUUGGAGUUCCGGCAGAGCAAGAAGCUCCUCCAAUCGAGGCACCUAAGCCUCGAGUCAAACGAACUUACACGAAGAGAGCCAACAAGGCCAUGAAUACAAAUAUACUUCAAGAAAAUCAUACCGAAGUCCUGCUGCCAGAACCUACUAUACCAAUUCAAACGGGUGAGCCCCUCGGAACUGAUGUGGGGAUCCCACCGAUUCAGCAGAUUCCAACAGUGGCUGUUGUUUCGAAUUUAUCCGUACAACCGAUCGACAAGGUGAUCAAACCCAAAGCUCCCAGAAAAACACCUGCUAAGAAGGUGCCCAUUCAGGAAUCGGGCACGGAUAUACCAACUGAGAUAUCGCCGGAAGGAGAAACUGCUCAAAACAAACCGAAGCCUAAACCAAGAGCACCUAGGGUACCCAAGGAACCUAAAGCGCCAAAGGUGCCGAAGACACCUAAAGUACCAAAGGCACCCAAGGUACCAAAAGAACCUAAGGUACCAAAGGCACCGAAAGAACCUAAGGUACCAAAGGUACCGAAAGAACCUAAGGCACCCAAGGUACCGAAAGAACCUAAGGUACCAAAGGCACCGAAAGAACCUAAGGUACCAAAGGCACCAAAAGAACCUAAAGUACCAAAGGCACCGAAAGAACCUAAAGUACCAAAGGCACCGAAAGAACCUAAGGUACCAAAGGCACCGAAAGAACCUAAGGUACCAAAGGCACCAAAAGAACCUAAGGUACCGAAGGCACCUAGGGCACCUAAGGUAGCCAAAACACCUAAGGAACCAAAGGCUCCCAAGACUCCGAAGCAGCCCAAGAUGCCAAAAGCAGCACCAAGGCAACCUAAGUUAUCCAUGAACGAAACACCGAACAGCGUACAGGUACCGCUUCCCCUUGAGCCUGUCUGCCCAGAAACAACCAUCGAUCCCAUGCUCUUAAAUAAUCCCACUUGCGUGGAUCCUAUGUCUAUGCCUGUAAUAUCAACACUUUGCCAAAUACUCAUUCAGGGGCCGAUAACACCCAUAUCGCCAAUUAAAUCCUUUGUGCCAAUUGCUCAAAAUCCUGCUCCGCAUCACGUAGAGGGCUCCAAUGUGCCACAAGUUGGCGAAGAUCGUCCAAACUGGCCGACCAUCUCGUGCGAGGCCAGUGUGAAAGCUACUCCACGGGUGCCAACAAUGGGCAAGAAUAUAAAUAAUGUGACUGCAGAGAUAAAAAAGAAACAAUUACCGAAGGAAAAGGUUAAAAAAGCAGAAAUAUCAAGUCUUAACGGUAGCAGGACAGUUCAAGACACUGCUAUUUCAAUCGGCGCGAUUAGCCAAGAUCAUGUUAGAUCACUAUCAAAAUCCCUAUCCGUAUCAAAGCAUUCAUCUCGUUCCUCGUCAUCAAGUUCUUCAUCAAGUUCUUCAUCAAGUUCUUCAUCAAGUUCUUCAUCAAGUUCUUCAUCAAGCUCUUCAUCAAGGUCAUCGUCAAGCUCUUCAUCUGGGUCAUCCAAGUCGUCCAGUUCGUCCUGCUCGACUUGCUCCAGUUCCGACUCUUCCACAUCAACUUCUAACUUGAAUUCGUCACGAUCUUCACGAGCACGGUCCCGGCAUUCCCGAUUGCCAAAGUCUGCGUUGGCAAACAAGUCGAUUCCACUUUUGGAGGAGCCAAUUGCAGCAAAUGCGAAAAUAAAUUUACAGUUGGGCCAACCAACCCGGCUAGACUCACUAUCGCCACCAAGCACGCACAAGCCGAUUUGUAUCACAUUCGAAAAGCAUUUGAAAAAUCUGGCAACUGCGCAGAUUCGGCCCAUAUCGCCGAUGUCAAAGCAACCAUGUGAUGACUUUGAGUUCAACUUGCCAGCGCCCAUGUUGUCCGAGGAGUCGUCCAGUUCAUCUUCGUCGGAGAGCGACGACGAAUCCAACGUGAAUUGUCAGAUGACACCAAAUUCUCAUGCUGUUUUGCCAAUGAUACCGCCACCUAAACCAUUCGAGAAAACACUUCAAAGGUCUUCCCUCAGAAAGUCCAGCCCAAUUCAACCAUACUUGAAAGCUUGCAAACAUGAAGAUCCCCCAGCACCGGCUUCCAGAUCAUCAGAUGAAGCCGCACUUCGCUCCUGUGCUCCAAGAGCCUUUAAGCCUGAUUUAAACAAACCGAGUCAUGAAGCGAGGAACGUUGGUAUCAAUUAUCAGAAAGAGGUCUCGCAAGACCCAAGUAAAAUACCUCUGAAGAAAUGUGCCACUGAACUAUACAUUCCAAUGGAAACAAAUUCUGGGGCUCGAUUGCCAAUUCAGAAUCCUAUUGAAGUGCCCAAUUCGAAAGCUUCUUUACCGUUUCCUGUAAAUUUAGAUUACAACUCAGAGAAAGAAACACACGAUAAACCUCCUAAUGCUAAAAUGGUAGAACCAUUUAAAAAGCCAAGUAAUUCAAUGAUUUCUAAACCAGUCGUCGAUUUUCCGUCCCUUAUGAAUGCACAAAAAAAAAAUCUGUCCGAUGAACCGAAUAAUGAAAAUAUCAAUUUCCAGAAACGGGCUUUAAUAGACCUGAAGCAAAAAUCAUUGGUGAGAAGUUCCAUUGUAAAGUUUAGUGUGCCGGGAGUUGAAACCAACCAAACAACACAACAAUCUGAUUCCCUAAUAGAAAUCGAGGAGCGCAUUAAAAUCCCUGAACAAAAAGUUUCGCUACCGAUGGAUGUGAAUUCAAUUGAAGAAGCAGCUGAUAAGAUAAGUAAUCCCAAAAUUGUUGAACCAGUAAGCAAGACAUUAAAAGGGAUGCAUAAGCACAAACCAUCGAGGAUCCCAAUAAAAAUCAGACCACCGAGGAAUAAAAAUAUUGAUUACCAGUGGCAGCCUCCAAUGCAGACCAAAAAAAAAUCUUUGAAAGACUGUUCUAGUGUAACUAGAAUUUCUGCAGAUAGUCCCAAUGACCAGGUGGAAAAACAUGAGACUCAACUGAAAGAACUGCCAAUCCAACAGACCACAUCUAAGGCUUACCUACCGAUGACUCUGAAUUCAAUGAAUGGAUCAGUGGAUAAUGCAUGUAAUCCAAAGAUUACCCCAAAACCGGGCACAGACGUGAAUCCUCGAAGUUCUACAGUUUGUGGACCGAACUUGAAACUAAAAAAUGAGCACAAAAAAUUUUGGGCCCCAAAUUACCAAGGACUAGAAUCACGGGAGUUAAAGGAGAAUUCAUUAAAUGGAGGUUGCAAUGAAAAAUGUAAUUUACCAGAUAUUCCUAUCAGCCGUAUGGCAAAACAUCCUAAGACUCAAUUUACAAUUGGAAAGCCAUUUAAAGAUUCCGGCUGCGAAGUUUCUCAACCGGUGGCUCUGAACUCUAUUCAAGAACCUGAUGUUAAGACAAGUUAUUCCAAACUAUUUGAACCUGUACACAAGACCGCAAAACUGAUAAACGAUUCACAAUCACAAUCAAGGUCUCCAAACGUAGUCAGUAAUACGAAGAAUAAGAAUGCAAAGGACCAGGACCACAAAGUUCUGUUGGAACCAACAAAAAAGCCUUUCAAAGAAGGUCCUACUGUAAAUUGUAAUUCGGCAGAUAAUCCAACCAAUCAGGUCGUAAAACAAUUCGAAAUGGAAUUGUCAAUUCAGAAGACAGCAUCAACUCUACCGAUGCUUUCAAGUUCAAUGAAAAAUACAGAACCUAUGCCAUAUAAGGCUGACAUUGUUGAACCCAAUGUAAAACCUUUAAAAUCUGAAUCAGGAGUGAGCUCGAGUAGUUCUAAGGCUUGUAUGCCAGACUUGAAGCCCGGUAUUCUUGAAACUUAUUAUUCCAAUAAGCGUAAAUCGAAGGAUGCAAUGAAGUCAAAGCUCUUUACUUCCAAUAUUUCCGAAUCAAAAGAUAUGGCAAAUGUGAAAAGAUUUGAACCAGAUAUAAAACCGCGUGACUGUAAAAUAUCUGUUCCAGUUAAACGAAGUUUAUCUAAACCAAACAUUUUUGAGCUAGAUAUGCAGCCUAGUACUUAUAAAGCUGCUAAGCUAUAUAUUAAUUCAAGUACUUCCAAAGCUGCUAGACCAAAAACUUCUGAACUAAACAUAAAAAAGUCAAAGCGCGGUAAAUCUAAUAUUUCUAAAUGUGAAGUAAAAUUUCCUCUUUAUCAAAUGUCGGCACUGCACCCUUGCAAAUCAAUUAGCGAACUAGAUUUGAAAUCCGAUGCGAAGUCCAAUAAUUUCAAAGUUGUUCAACCAGAUAUUAAGGCACGUGUUCCUAAAAUGUCAGAAGCAAGUGUCGAACUCGGCUGUCUGAAAAUAUCUGACCCAAAUAUAAAACCGGGUAGCUGUAAUAUAUCUGAUCCAGUUAAACGAAAUCCCUUACAGCCUAUUAUGUCUGAGCCAAAUAAUUUUGAGCUAGAUAUGCAGCCUAGUACUUCUAGAGCUGCUCAGCUAUAUUUAAAUUCAAGUUCUUCUAAAGCUGCCAAGCCAAAAACUGUUGAACCAAAUACUUUUGAGCUAGAUAUGCAGCCUAGUACUUCUAGCACUUCUGCUAAUCCAAAAACUUCUGAACCCAACAAAAAACCUCGUAAAUCAAAAGCUGCGCAAAAGCAAUUAAAGCCGGGGACUCCGAAACCAUCGAACAGACAAGUGAAAUCAAAGGCCGCAAAACGUACAUGUGAUGCUGAAAAUAAAGACCCAAUGCAUCAAUUUAAAAUUCCCAAGCUUGGGGCAAAUAUACCUGAGGAAAAAUAUACGGCAGUAAAAGCUGAAGAAGCUAAAACCCGGAUUAAACCCAACUACUCAGAACAGGUGAACGGAAUGCAACAUUUACCGGAGGUGUACCAGACGCCAAACUAUCAGAAUCUCCAAUACCCCUACUCGGCCAGGGGCUAUUACCCCUAUCAGAGGGUCUACCCAGCGCAGCCCUCAGGCAGUCAGUAUUAUAUGAACCAACCAAUAAGAAUGAAUCAGCCCAUGUACGAAGAGGUGGACCCGUCUUAUCAGAGGCCAUAUCUAAUGCAACGAUUUCAACCAUAUCACAUUAACCAACCCAUGAGACCCAAUUACACAUACCAAGGGGAGCCUUCUCCCAGAACCCAUUCGAUGGGUAUUCAUUAUCAGCCCCCCUAUGACACACUUUACCCGAUGAGAAGUAAUGAUUUGUACUAUCAAAGGGGCCGUUCGAACUAUUCCAUAAAUUAUGCUCAACAACCUGUCUAUUCUGUAAGAAACAUUCAACCAAGAAGUUCUGUAGGAAAUCAUCCACUGAAUAUGAUACCUUCCCGUCAAUCUGUCCAUUCCAUUGAUCAUGCUCAAAGGAUGAAUGAACAGAGCACAUUUGAAACGAUCCAAAGAAUUGAUUGUGCUAUUAGAAGCGCCUUCGCUGGUCGGAAAUACAGGACACUCAAGGACCUCAGGGAGCGAACAAAGCUAUCAAAAUAUUGUUUGCGUACGGCUUUUAAGCGAAUUUGCAAAAUCAAGCGUCCCAAGUGGCGUAUCAGCAAGUUUUAUCUGGAGGCCUAUGGGGCUGAAAUGUCGGGACUCUCCCCAAGUUCCGAAAAUGAUGAACCGUUGGAACUAAACUCAACCUAUCGCACGGUGAUUAGUUCCUAUGCGGAAUGCAAGUUUCUACGCAUGGAGUCUCUAAUGCAGAGAACUGGGUUUGGGAAACACAAACUGAGGCAAAUUCUGAAGAUGAUCGGAAGAAAGCGAUCGACGAAAUGGCGUCUGCUCACUUAUAGGAAGCCACUUAUUCACUUGCACCGAGGUCACAAGAAAUUUAUGUAAAGUCUUCCCUUACAUUUAGAAUCGCCUGUCUUAAUAAUGUUACGCAAAAAACUUAUAAAGAAUCUACACUUACACGUUACACAAUU